CCCUCGGUGCCUUCGGCGAAGUCGCCACCCGCGACAGGCGAGGAGGAUGUAUUAUUGUUGCCAUCCUGCUGCUGUUGUUGAUGCUGGCGGUUUGUCGGGCGAAACAGAUUAAUGUCGGUCGAAGCUCUCGUCGCUCGCACGAACUUUUCAUCGUCCAAUACCAUCUGCGCCCCCCACCGCUUGCCGCGAGCGAGGCGAAACUGCGACUCUAACCCUGCCCCUGACCCCCCAGGUUCGCAGGCGCACUCCUGUCGGGCAUCAAAGAGUGUGGAGUUUCUUUUUUUUAUUGCUCUCGAAUGGGGGGGCCGCAGAUUGCGCAGAACAGGUAUGUUGUUUCAGGACGCGGGGCUUUGGAGCGAUGGACGAACCAUGGAUCCAUGGCGAUGGGAGCAAACCGAAGCAGAUUCACACAGCAGGAAGACGCAGAGACUGACGUGAAUCAUGCAGGGGUCGGUAGAGGGGUCGGUAGAGGACUCGCCGCCACAAAGCCUGCCUGGAUGACAAGCGGGUCUGUUGCGCCAUUAUUGGGAGGGCUCAAUGGGCGAGGCGGACCGGCGAGCAGCAGCCAUGGCAAUGGAAACCGCAGUCGAGAGCAGCAGCAGUCAAGAAGCAGGAGCAGGAGCAGGAGCAGGAUCGGGCGGCAGAACAGAGGCGGCGGGGGCCGCGAGAGGUCACGACGCCGCUCCGACUCACGCGACCGGAGGUCUAGGUCUAGAUCGAGGCAUAGGUCGGACGAUAGGCGGAACGGGCGUGGCAGGGACACCGCCGGGAGGAGCGGAGGUCGGAGCAGCGCCAACGAUGUAGCGAGCAGGGCGGUGCAGCAAGCCUUCGCGGGUGGCGGCGGCGGCGGCGGUAAUGUCCCGCCGGCGGGGCGGGGACGGGGGCGCGGAUCAACCAUUCCGGCUUGGAUGACGCACCCGGGCGGGCCGGGGGGUUUGCAGGAGAGCAGCAGGGGGGACCGCGGAGAUGGCAGGCCUUCGAAGGACAAGAGCCCCCCAAGGUUUGCACGAAGCGCAGGCCCGUUGCCUCCGGAGCCAACCAUGGCCAACGGGGGGAUCACGGAGGGGCGGGGCGGAGGCGGUAGGGGCUGGAACAGGAGCGGCGGGGGGCACUACGGCAGCGGGCGCGAAGGGGGCGGCAGAGGGCCGGAGAAGCUACCCGAAGUUUUCUCGGUACACAAGGGGGAGGUCGUCAAGACGGAGACAUUCGGAGCGUUCGUCAAACUCGACGGCUACCGCAAGCAUGGGCUGGUGCACUGCAGCCAGAUGGCUUCGUACAGAGUGGAAGAUGUCACGGACGUCUGCAAAGUGGGCGACACUGUGUACGCGAAGGUGAUCGAGGUGACGGACGGGCCCGACCCCCGAGAACAGCGCAUCGCGCUCUCCAUGAAGCUGGUCAACCAGGCCGACGGCAAGGAUCUCGACCCUUCCAACGCCGAGGCUGAGACGGACGCGCAGCGCAGAAGACCCGCGGGUGGGGGCGAUCGGGCCCCGGUGCAGCUGGACGCGGUCUUCAACACCACGUGCACAAAGUGCGGAGUCCACGGGCACUUAUCGAUCGAUUGCUUCUCCAGGGGGGGCAAGAAGUACGAGCUUGUGGAUGAAGAAGACCCCAGAGACAACGGUCGAGCAGGAGGUGGAGGAGGAACUGGCAAUGACAUGCGGGGGGUACACCGUGAGGCGAGUCCCCCCCAUGAAGGCGGUAGGCUGGCAGGUGGGAGGGGACGCGGGGCUACCAUGCCCGCGUGGAUGAACGACCUCGGUCUGGUGGACAAGCUCAACAAGAAGAGCAAUCGCAAGGAAAAGAAGUCGAAGAAGAAGAGCGACCACCGCCGUGGCGACGGCGAUUCCGACAGCAGCGACGACGACGACGACGACCACAGGAAGAAGCACAAGAAGCACCAUCGACACAAGAAGUCCAGCCACAAGCACAAGAAGAGCGGCCACAAGCACAAGAAGUCCAAGCACUCGAGCAGCAACAGGGACGGUCGCCGCGGCUACUCGGACAGCGGCAGCGAUGAUAGCGGCGGCGGCGGCGGUGGAAGUGAUCGGGCUCGGGUUUCCAUGAAUGGAAUAGGCGAGGGGACGCGCGGGAGCUGGCGCGACGAAAACGGAAGCAUGCGAAGGCGAAGCAGGAGCAGCGACAACAACGGUCGCGGUGGCGGGGGCAGGAGAGGGCGGAGCCGCAGCAGCCAGAGAGGGAAAGGCGGCGAGUGGGGUGGAAGGAGAGGACGUAGCGACAGCAGACGCGGAGGAGGCGGGCGUUACAGGGCGGACGAUCGGGGACGUUUCGAAGAUGCCCCUGUCAGGGAGGCGGCGGGGGUAGGAGAUGGGGGCCGCUGGAAACCGCGAGGGGAUUCUGACCGUAGCCACUCGCGUUGAAGUAAAGGAGGAGAACAACCGACACCUGUGUUUCUUUAAUUUUCACCGGCGGAGAGGCUUGAAGGGAGGGGAGGAGAGGACAACGCCGUCGGGGUCGGGACGCAAUGGCGACGAUUCGACCAAUCGGCGCGCCGUCGAAAGAUUCUUGAGCCGUCGAGCGUGUGGUGCUGCUGUACGCACAACGCGAACGUCGGCGACUUUAGGCUCGCAUCCGCAUGUUGUUUGCUGUCCACGUGGGGCACGGCGUGAUUAGUUUUAUUGACACCGUACUACACAUCCCGGUUGACAUGGGCGGCGCCACAUGGGGGGCUUUAGCUGAACAAUAUAGUGCGUGGUUAUGUGGUUGGGUGUGUUGCAGGUGCAUAAAUUGAUCGAUGAGCUAACGCUCGUAUUCUACGAGGACCAUCGAAAAUAUUGCGGGUGUUGAAAUGCCGCCCCCCUCACGAGUAUGGUGGGCUUUGCCGUCGGACCCAAGUUGUACGCUGCAUGUAUGCAACACCCGAAGUGCAAACAUGCGUAUGCACGGCAGAAUCUUGUCUUGGGUAUAUCCGGUCGUAAAAUAGCACCGCACCCUACCACGUGCUCAGUAUACUUCAAUGAUUUUAUCAGCUUGUGAUUAUUGUUUUUAUCAGCUGAUCUGACAAGUGGAAUCGGCGACGGU